CACACAGCGUACGUAAGAAAGUCUGCUCCGCGCAGCGUUCACGAGGGUGCGGUUUGGUGCAGUACGUCACGGCACGGAAAGCUCUAGAGUGGUGUGUGGAGGGUUACGAAACCAUCCAUCUAGGAUCGAUCUAUCAAUCAAUGAAUCCACUGUUUAGAAGUAAAAACUUCCGGUCCAUUCGUUAACAAUGUCCAACAUUGGCUUUUGUUCAAUAGCGGUGGCGAAAAUAAGAGAAAUCAGACCCAACAUAGCCAAGCGUCCGUUGAUGAUUUCGGCUUCCUCCGUGAGGCCAGUCUUGAAUUCUGGCAUGUAUCCGAAAGGCUUGGAGUUUCGUUCCAUCGACUUUUCGUAUGACUCGUCAUCAGGAUCCAACAAAAGGGAAUCUCCGAAAGGUAGUGGGCAGAUUGUGGCCAUGAGUGAGAUGGCAAAGAAAUGCAUGUUAGCGGCCAAAAUAAUGGCACGUCCUUGCGUGAUGGUUCCCUUUCCGGUAAUGGUGGCGAGGGUACCCCAUUCCUUAAGGUCCAAAGGAACGUCCAUGUUGGGGAUCAAUCCGUGUCCCUUAGCGUAGGCAGUGGCGCAGAUGAAGAACCAUCCGAACAUGGCGUGACGUCCAUUCCACUUCUCGGCGUGGACAGAAGGUCCCCAUCCAUACUUAGCAAGGGGCGCAAAUUCUUCUUCCCAUCGUGCCUGGGCCUCUUCGUAAACCUCAGGGUUGGCGAUGUUCAAGCUAGUGGCGGCAAUGAAUAGAGGGCAAGCACAAAAAGAAGCAACAAAAACUCAUGAGGUUGCGGUCGUUGCGAGUCUGAACAAGAUACACGAUAGAAACACCGCCACUUGCAGGAAUGUAUACGAAUGAAACAGCGAACUCCUUACCUGCUGCUUUUGAGGGAUGUGGCUGGCUUCGCAGGGGCGAAGGCACUAGCGCCUCCGACGCUAAGAAAAAGAGUUACAAGAG